AUGUCGGUUAUUCUUGCGUCCGCAGGUUAUGAUCAUACCAUUCGAUUCUGGGAUGCGCUCACUGGUGUUUGCUCCCGAACCAUUCAGCAUACUGAUUCUCAAGUCAAUCGUCUCGAAAUCACCUCUGACAAACGCUUCUUGGCCGCAGCUGGCAACCUCUACGUGCGACUCUAUGACAUAAGGCAGACAGGAAAUGCAGGAGGUGCUGCUGCUGCACCAGCCACUGUCAAUGCUCCAGGAGCGACGUCUGCGUCCAAUAGCUCCAAUGGUAAUUCCAACCCGGUGAUGACAUUUGAGGGCCAUAGUGGGAAUGUCACGCUGAUAGCCUUCCAGAUCGAGAAUAAAUGGAUGGUGUCAUCCCUGGAGGAUGGAACCGUGAAGGUCUGGGACGUGAGGUCACCAUCUGUUCAGAGAAACUAUAAACAUUACUGUCCAGUUAAUGAGGUGGUCAUUCACCCUAACCAGGGUGAAUUGAUCAGCUGUGACCACGACGGCAACAUCCGGAUUUGGGACUUAGGGGAGAAUCAGUGCACACACCAUCUCAUUCCCGAGGACGAUGUUCCCAUCAACUCACUUUCCGUAGCCAGCGAUGGUAGCAUGCUUGUGGCGGGCAACAAUAAGGGUAACUGUUAUGUGUGGAAGAUGCAGAAUCAGAAAGAUAUCACAUCUUUGACGCCAGCCACGAAAUUUCGUUCUCAUUCUAAAUAUAUCACUCGAGUUGUCUUGCUGACAGACAUGAAGCACCUUGCUACAUGCUCUGCGGACCACACUGCCAGAAUAUGGCUGACAGAGCAAAAUUUUGCUUUAGAAACAACUCUCCAAGGCCACCAGAGGUGGGUCUGGGAUUGUGCUUUCAGUGCUGACAGUGCAUACUUGGUGACAGCUUGCUCUGAUCAUUAUGUCAGACUUUGGGAUUUAUCCAACAGUGAAACAGUCAGACACUACAAUGGACAUCACAAGGGUGCGGUAUGCGUUGCCUUGAAUGACGUGUAA